AUGGCUCUUGGUACUCUGGUUAUCAUGGCCACCAUGCUGGUGUAUUUUCUCUUGAAAAAUAAAAGAGUGCUAUUGUCCCAGCAACAAUGGGGACGACGAGGCAGGCUGCCCCCAGGGCCUGCGGCGCUGCCCAUCAUCGGUAACAUGCAUCAGGUGAUUCUGAGCAAGCCGGCGGUGUUCCGAUGGAUCCACGCCCUGCUCAAGGAGAUGAACACAGACAUCAUGUGCCUCCAUCUCAGAGCUACUCAUGUCAUUGUUGUAGCAUGUCCACAGAUAGCCUCUGAGGUACUAAGAAAAAAUGAUGAAGUUUUUGCCUCCCGUCCCACCACCUUCGCCUCGGGCAUAUUCAGCUUCGGGUACAAGGGCUCCAUCUUCUCACCGCACGGAGACCAGUGGAAGAAGAUGAGGCGCGUCCUCACUGUUGAGAUCCUCGCCUCGUCCAUGGAGCGAAAGCUCCACCACCUCCGGAAAGAGGAGUACGACCACCUUGUGAGGUACAUUAAUAAAACUCAUUGCAGCGACAUGGCAUGUCCAGGCAACAUUGUCAACGUCCGUCAUGUAACCCAACACUUCGUUGGCAACAUGAUAAGAAGGCUUGUGUUUGGUAAAAGAUACUUCAGUGACCUACCAGCUUCAUCCACUAGUGGGCCUGGACAUGAUGAGGUGGCACAUGUUGCCGCUCUCUUCAUGGCCCUCAACCAUCUGUACAACUUUUGUGUGUCCGACUACUUCCCAGCGCUCAUAGGCCUCGACCUGGAUGGCCAUGAAAAGGUUUCUAAGGAUGCCAUGCAAACAAUCAACCGGUUGCAUGAUCCUAUAAUAGAGGAGCGGAUCCGUGAAAGGUCAUCCACUCUUGAGAAAGGGGGUGAAAAGAAAGAGGCCCGAGACUUUCUAGAUGUCCUAGUUCAUCUUAAAGAUGAGGAUGGACAACCAAUGCUUUCCCUAGAAGACAUUAGAGCACAAACAGCGGAAAUGAUGUUCGCAGCAGUCGAUAACCCAUCUAAUGCGGUUGAGUGGGCACUCGCUGAGAUGAUGAACAUGCCAGAGAUCAUGCAAAAAGCAACCGAGGAACUCGAUGCUGUCAUCGGUAAAGAUAGACUGGUGCAGGAGUCUGACAUUCCUCAGCUAAACUAUCUCAAAUCAUGCAUCCGGGAGGCCUUCCGCUUACACCCAUACCAUGCUCUUAACGUACCCCAUGUCGCCAUGGCGGACACAACUAUUGCUGGCUACACCAUCCCCAAGGAUAGCCACAUACUUUUAAGCCGGCUUGGACUUGGCCGCAAUCCCAAGAUCUGGACUGAACCACUGGAGUUUCAGCCUGAGAGGCAUUUGAACACUGCGAAUGUACUUCUCACUGAUCCAGGCCUACGUUUCAUUUCAUUUAGCAGUGGGAGGAGGGGUUGUCCUGGGAUUUCACUUGGUACCUCUAUGACAAUGAUGUUGUUCGCAAGGAUGUUGCAGGCAUUCACUUGGACAAAGCUUCCCGGCGUUAAGAGUAUCAGUCUCAAAGAACGCAAUGCGGGCCUUGCACUAGCUGAACCCCUUGUUCUGCAAGCUACACCACGAUUGGCUGCACAUCUCUAUAUAUGA